AUGGACGACGCCAGGUCCCCAUCCUCACCGCCGCUGCAUGUCGUGAUCUGCCCAUGGCUCGCCUUCGGCCACAUCCUCCCGUACCUGGAGCUCGCCGAGCGCCUGGCGUCACGGGGCCACCGCGUGUCCUUCCUCUCCACGCCCAAAAACCUCGCGCGCCUCCCGGCGCGGCGCCACGCCGACACCAUCGACCUCGUGACGCUGCCGCUCCCGCGCGUGGAGGGCCUCCCCGAGGGCGCUGAGUCCACCAACGACGUCCCCGGCGACCGGCUCGAGCCGCUCUUCGAGGCCUUCGAUGGCCUCGCCGCGCCCUUCGCGGAGUUCCUGAGCGCCGACGAGGGCAACCGGCCCAGGCAGGACUGGAUCGUCGCCGACACGUUAACCCACUGGGCUGCCACCGUCGCCCUGCAGCACAAGGUGCCGUGCGCGAUGCUUGUUUCAUCCGCAGCCGUGAUAUCUGCCUUUGCAUGCGGCGCAAGGGACUGCACAGAGCUCGCCGCUGCCUCCAUAUUUGAGCAGCCGGCCUCUGUAGCUGUAGAAGAGCCACCGGCGGGCAUGCCGCGGUACGAGUGGAAAAGGAACGUGACGGGGUUGUUCACCCCCCAUGAGAUGAAAGGUAUGUCUGUCGUCCGACGCAUCACCUUGGCGCUCGAGAGCUGCACGAUCACUGCCAUCCGGAGCUGCCCCGAGUGGGAGCCCGUGGUCUUCUCACAUGCCGCCGCGCUCCUCGGCAAGCCGCUCGGCCUCCUGCCGCCGUCGCCGGACGGAGGGCGUGGCGCUGGCAUGAACAGGGACGACGCCACCGUGCGCUGGCUAGACGCGCAGCCACCCAAGUCGGUCGUGUACGUCGCGCUCGGCAGCGAGGUGCCGCUGCGCGUGGAGCAGGUGCAUGAAAUGGCUCAUGGGCUGGAGAUGGCCGGAGCGCGAUUCGUCUGGGCUAUGCGGCCACCCAGGGGCGUUCCCGACGACAUGGACGUCCUGCCUCCGGGAUUCCAAGAGCGGACCCAUGGACAUGGGCUGGUGACCAUGGGGUGGGUCCCUCAGAACACCGUCUUGGCACAUGGUGCCGUCGGCGCGUUCUUGACGCACUGUGGACGGAGCUCGCUUAUUGAAGGGCUUCUGUAUGGGCACCCUCUGAUCAUGCUACCGAUCUCCGGCGACCAAGGUCCGAACGCGCGGCUCAUGGAGGGGAGGAAGGUAGGGUUGCAGGUGCCCAGGGACGAAGAUGAUGGGUCUUUCAACCGCAAGGGCUUCGCAAAAGCAGUCCGCGCCGUUAUGGUUGAAGAAGAUACUAGGAGAGUGUUUGUCAAAAACGCCAUGAAGUUGCAAGAGGUUUUAGCUGAUAAGGAGCUCCACGAGAGGUACAUUGAUGAAUUUGUGCAGCAACUUAGAUCUUACACCACCAGCUGA